AUGAAAGAAGGAUGGCCCGGAAGUGCCAGUGUGGGAGCUAUCGACUCUGCAUUUUCGGGGGGGAGGGCCGGCAGAAGGACGAAGAGCUUGCGCCCUGUUGCCUCAGCCGUUUCACGUUUCACCUCUGGCGGCGAGCAACGCCGCUCCUCGUCGCAUGGGCGUCGCUCGGAAGCGGGCCUGCCAGGCCAGGCAGCGCUGGAAGUCUGCUUCGGUCAGCUUGAGGAGAUCACGCCUUUCGCCCGAACUUUACUUGGCUGUACAGCUUGUGGCUGUUGCCUAUGUCUGACUUCAGCGAUCGCCUUUGGAGGUUUCCUGGACUUGACCUUGCAGGGCCUCCGCGAGCGGUGGCAAGAAGCGGAAUGCCAGGUGCUGGGACCAGGACGCAUGACCACCUUGGCAACGACCUGCGAGGAGUUCGACCCUACGAGCAGCUGCUCGAGGCUGGGCGAGUAUCGCAACGUGCUCUCCAGCAUCUUUGUGAGCUACUGCAGAACUGCGGAAGACGGGGGUCUCUGCUUUGAUGCACAGGCCGACCGAUGCGGCAGCGACUCGCCCAUCGACCUCCAAGAGGACCGGCGCUUGCAGCUGUUGACGCAAAACCGAAGCAGGAUUCCCUGCUGGUACAACCGCCUGGAAGAUCAAACCGAAGAUGCUCGGGACGAGGAGGCCACCGAGGCCUUUUGCGCGGCGGCCAACACGUCCACGUGCAGCUUCCAGAAGACCUCGCAGGCGCGCUACACGCUGCGCUUGGAGGCAGAACCCUGCAUGCCUCGCCCGGCAAAAGGCAGCAUUGGCAUUUCGGUGAUCCUGGGCGGCCUGCUAUUGGGCUUCUUCGCUUGUGGCUUGGCGUGCGCACUCCGUGCCAGGCGGGAGCUGCUGACGGAUUACGAGGACGAGUUCACGGAGCACUGA